AUGUCGUCGUUAAAUCUUGAUCUCGAAGAAAUUCGACAAAUUGUAUUGAAAUCAAAUAAUGACAUAAAGAAGAUCUCAACUAAAGUCAAAGAACAAAAUCAUGAUGAAAGUGAAGAAUUCGAUUUUGCGGAUAUCAAACAAGCGUUCCAAAAUAAUCUUCAAUCUCUCAAGAACAAACUCAAUUCAUUACCAACAAGUGACAUAGAAGAUGAAUCAAUACCAGUUUUUCAUUCAACAUUAAAUCAAUUAGAACCUCUUUUGGAAAAAAUUAGAUCCGAUCCAAUUGAUGAUGACGUUUUUUCAAUCCUAAGAUUUCCCAGGUAUACAGAACAAUCGAGUUCUACAAUUAUAAUAAAUGAAAAUUCACAAGAGAGUAUCCCAAUUCUUCGCAUGGAUCGACAUCCUUUAGAAAGAAAUUUGGAGUCCGAGCAAGACACAGAAAUGAAUCAUCAACUAAAUUUCCAUGCACAACUUUCGAAAGAUUUAAAAUUUAUGGAAAAACAAGCUCGUCAACUGAAAACUAUUGCUGAUGAAUAUUAUCAACGAAAACUUCGUAAAUUUUUUACUAAAUUACAAUCAAAGCAUGAUAAUGAUUGUGAAAGUUACAAACAACGAAAAACUAUUUAUACAGAUUUAAAAGAAUAUUCCAAAUAUUGUGUGGAGUUAUAUAAAUAUUGUGUGGAGUCUAAUCAAUCAUUGGAACAAUUGAGAAAAGACACGAACAGUAAUCUAAAAGUUACAUAUCGUCGAAAAUUAAAAGAUGAUCUUCAAUUUCGACAAUGUUUUCAUAUAUUUUUAGUUCAAUUUCAAAAAGAUCUAUUCCAUAUGGUGCUUAGUGAAUCGAAAGAUUAUAUUCCAAGAUCAAGUUAUCUUAUUGAUUGUUUAAAAAAUGAUAAAUAUUAUAAUUUAUAUGUGGAUCAAGAACAAUUAGGCUUAAUCUAUGAAUUUGUAAGAAAUAUAUAUUAUUCGGCUUCUCUUGAGAAACUUCACAAUUGUAUUUCAAUUAAAACUCCAUAUUUAAAAUUAAUCGUCGCCUGUACCAAUGACCCUAUUCAUGCAAACUAUUAUAUAAAUGAAUUAAAAGAAUUUUAUUUAGUUUUUGUAAGAGAUUCUAUAUUGAGUUUAAAGGAAGAAGAUCAAGAAAUCAUUGAAUCAGAUGAAACAGUUCAAUCAUUAUUUGAUGAAAUGAAAAAAUUUUAUGAACAAAAGAUCAAAAUCAUUCAAAACUCCGAAAAAGUGACGAAAAAUCUUUUUAUUCGACAAUUUCGAGGUACAACUUGGGAUGAGAAACUAAUAAAUGAUCGAACUGUAUCAAGUCAGAAUACGGAUGAGGAGGAAUCAACCUCAACACAAGAGGAUACAGCCGAUUCAGAUGAACAUUUCGAUGCCGAAAAUAAUUUAAUGAAUACAGAAGGUUCACCUGAAGACAGUGUUGAUUUAUUUCAACAAAGUGAAGCACUCAAAAAGAAAAAACCAAGUUUAAAACUUUAUUUGAAGAAAUCUAUAGAAUUAUUAAAUAAAUCGAUUGCAAUCGAUAAAUCUUUAAUUGAUUCCAGUAUCCGUAAUAAUCAAGAAAAAUCCAAUGCUAAAGAUCAAUUAAGAAGGAAAAUUGAAUUUCGAGCAUUAAUCUAUCUUGAUAUGGCGAACAAAUAUAAGUUUCCUUGUUUUGAAAAAUUUAGUUGCUUUAAUCAAUCGAAAUAUGAUUUUAUUGAAUAUGAUAAACAAAUGACAGAUGAAACAAAUGUUCAAUUUAAUAAAAAAAAUUUCAUUCAUUUAUUCAGACAAGCAUUCGCAGUCGAUGAUAUUUCUUCAAUGAAAUUAUACAAUAACGUAUUACAAAUAAAUCCGUAUUUCUUCGAAGCACAAUAUCAAAAAUUAUUGAAAUUCUAUGAAUUGAAUGAUUGUGAAAUAUCUCAUAUACAUGAAACUUUUACUGAAUUAGUUAAAUCAAAUAAACCAAUUGUAGACUUAUUCGAAGCUCUUAUUGAUGUCAAAGUCUGUCAUGAUGAUAAGAAAAAUGGACAAACAUCAGUAUUUUUUAAUAAAAUUUUUAAAAUCGAAAUUAAUGAUGAAAACGAAGAGUUGUAUAUACAAUUCAGCAAAACAAAAUAUUCUACUGAAAUAAAAUUAAAUAAAAAAAAGCAAUUGAUCAAACUAUUAAAACAUGGUCAAAAACACAUAAUCAUAGUAAAGACAAAUCCAGACAAAUUAUCAAAACUUAAAUGUCAUUUAUCAAACCUUGAUUUUAAUGACUUACUAACAACUGCAUCAAACUCUAUAGAAGGAACAUUUGCUCAUUUGCUUCGAUCAGACAACCCAGUUGAAGAUUUAUUUGAUAUUCUCAUUCCGAUAUAUUUAAAACAGUGUCAUGAUAGGAAUAAUCGCAAAUCGUUGACAUUUUUCGACAAAAUUUUGAAAAUCAAAGUUAAAAACAAUCAAAACAAAUCAUUGUACUUACAUUUUAGUAAAACACAAUACUCUGAUCAAGUGAAGUAUAAUAAUGAAGAACAAUUGAUCAAUUUAUUAAAAUACGGAUCAGGGGGUAUGAUAAAAAUGAAGAAAACUUCAAAUAAAUCAUCGAAACUUAAAUAUCAAUUAUCAAACUCCGAUUUCGAACAAUUUAUACGAAGUUUAAUCAAUCGAAUUGAUAAACAAGAACCGAAGUUUUUGAAAUUAAUUCAAUUAUUCAAAGAAUUAGAAUCAGUUAAUGAAAAUGAAUAUCAGAAAUUAGAUGAAACAUUUCGAAUAAUUUUACCCGAGACGCGAUUUACAUUAAUCAAAUGCACAAACAAUUCCAAUCAUUGUCAAACGAUUUGCGAAAUAUCAAGAUCAAUCGAAGAAUUUGAAAGUUUGAACAAUCCUAAAAAGCUAAGCAUUCUUCAACUAAAGUUCCAGCGGGCGAAAAUUUAUCGAAAAAAUCUCUACUUUAAUUUGGAAGAACUGGAAUUUUUCGAUAUUUUAAAUUAUCAAAAAACAAAUCGUGAUCAUAAUCCGAUGAUUUAUUAUCGUUUAUCAUAUUUAUCUAAACAAAAAGGUGAUUUACAAAUGUCCAUUCAUUAUAUCAAUUUAGCAUCUAAAAAAUAUAAUGAAAAAAGCAAUAAGAAAAUCUUUAAAGAAAUUGAAAAAUUUAAAUCCGAUUUAUUGAAAUUGGAAAAUGUUCAAACUGAUGACUUAGCAUUUUUCGAUAAGAAUAAAAUGAAUUUAUUUAAGAUAUUCAAUUUAAUAACAAAAUUUAAUUUUCAAUCAUAUUCAUAUGUUACACUUGGAUUUCAUUUAUUUACAGAUGAAUUAAUUAAUUGUCUAUUUUAUCAUUUAAUUGAAGAACAUGAUGUUGAAGAAUAUUUAAAAUAUCACGAUAAUACUCUGACAAAAACCUAUCGUGAAUUACAUGAAGAAUCCGUGUCCGAGGAGGAAUUUAUUAACAAAUUUAAUGAAAAAUUUAAAACAAAUUUCAAAUGUUUCUUCGUAGAGGAAGGAAUUGAUAGUCGUAUGCUUACUUAUACAAAUAAUCAAGUCCCAAUAGUUUUGAUAAAAACUUCUAAUUUUUAUACAACAAUCAAAGAAGUGAAUUAUUUUAUGUUCUUAACUGUUCUACUAACAACUUAUGAUGCUAAAUCUGAUUUGAAAUCUGUCUGCUCAAUAUUUCUCAACAACGAAAUUAGUAAAAAUAUCCUUACAGAUGCGAAGGAAAACCAAAAUAUCGAAAGAUUUAUUCAGGCAAUGAUUGAAUGUAAAAAUAUGAAGGUUUUCAAUGAAGAAAUUAUUUAUUAUUUAAAAACAGAUAAUUAUAAUCAAUAUUGUCUGGAUUUUUGGUCAUUAAUUGCCGAUCUGGACUAUAAUCUUGUUUUAACAGAUAUAUUAAAUGAUUUUAAGGAAUUAUUUAUUGAAUCGAUUGAAGAGUAUAGAACAGAUAAAGAAAAAGAACAUAAAUCAGCAUUAGAAUUAAUUGAUGACAUAAUUGAAGAAAAUGCUAGGACACAAAAAUUUUGGAAUUUACUCAAUAAAUUAAAAGAAGAAAUUAUCAAAAGUUUAAGUAUUUAUGAAAAUGUUUCAUCAAAAUCUGAUAAACGAAAGAAAUUAAUGGAGAUUAUAAUAUCAACCGAUGAAAUCGAUGAUAAAUUUCAAGAAAUCAUAUCAGUUGAUUGUUUUCAAAUUGAUCUGAACUUUACAGAUGCAAGCGAAGAACAAUCAUUUUAUCAAUAUAUAAAAACAAGUCAAGAAAGUGAAAUUCCAUUUCAACUUUUAUCACUCAUUCAGGAUGCCUUAUCCGCACCAGAAAUUAAUAUCCAAAAUUCAGUAAUAAUUGUUAAGGGCUACAAUAUAUUUUUCAGCGAUAUUAUUGAAAAUAUACAAACAAAAAUACCAGAUUUAAAUAUAAAAGAAGUUCAGUUUUAUGGUACAAACGUAUUUAUAGAUAUGUCAUUGAAUAAUGAAUGUUGGUAUGGAAUUAAUUUAAUUAUUGGUUCGGAUAUAAUUGAUUUUAUUAAAGAUGAUAAAUUAAAUACGAAAAUAACAAUAAAUUUAACGGGAAAGAAAGGUUCUGAUGGUAAUAAUGCUAAACAUCAACCAAAUGCAACAAGAGAAAGUGAAGAUGGGUUAGACGGUUUACCUGGUGAAAAUGGUCAAGUUGGUGGAAAUGGUGGGAAUAUUUAUUUCAUCGUCAAAAAACAACUUAAAAGACGAGAAAAUAUAGAAAAAUUAACCACAUCGGGAGGUGAUGGCGGUCAAGGUGGAAAUGGUGGAAAUGGAGGUGAUGGACAAAAUGGAAAGAUUGGUGAUGAUGCUACAGAAGGAAAUGGAUUACCUACUCUAUAUCGUGGUUACUAUCUUAGUAGAGGAAAACCAGGUACAAGAGGUGGAGAUGGUGGUCAAGGAGGUGAUGCGGGUUUUGGUGGAUUUGGUGGACAUCCUGGUAUAGUUUAUAUUGAAGAAAACCAAACAAAAAUUAACGAUGCCCUUAAUCCUGACAAAAUUGAAUCUAUUGACAAAUCGAAUAUAAGCGCAGAACAUGGAGAACAUGGUGAAGGCGGAAAAAGUGGUGUUGGAGGAUCUGAUGGUUUGGAUGUUCUAGAAUAUAGAUAUCACAAUUUUGGGAAGAAGAAAAUCUAUUAUGGAUAUAUUAAAAUAACCAAAGUUCAGUGGGGUUUUUUCACUUAUACUGUUGAAUUCAUCUAUGAAGAAAGACCUAAGAAGAAACCUGGUAUCAGUGGAAAUCAAGGAAAAGCUGCCGAUCAACAAAUCAACUCCGGAAAAAUCCGUCGAAAAAGUGAAGACAAAGAAAAAUCCAAUGAACAACAAAUUAAAAAUCAAUUAAAUCAAUUAAUUCAUAAUAAUAAUGAAAGAACAAAUAAUAUUUCCAAUAACAUAACACAUUCCAUAUACUUACUACAAGAUCAAAAAGAAGAGUUGUUAAAUGAACGUGAUACACAAGUCAAAACACAUCAAUUAUCCAAUUCAUUACUUAAAAAAGCUUUUGCAACCGCUCAUAAAUCGUUCAAAUUAAAUAUGGAAAAUACUAAAUCCAAAACAGAAAAUAAUAUUAUAAGAACACCGGAUACGAAUGCUAAUCACGAUAACAAAUCAACAAUUCAAUCAGAAUUAUCUGUUGAUGAACAUCCCAAGGAAAAUAUUCAAUUCAAAACAUGUGAUCCGAUCAUUCAAAGGUUAACAGAAUCUUACAAUCCGGAAAAAGAUCGUUUAAUAAAAUUCUUGGACGAGAACAUAAAAGAAAAAGACGAUAAAAUUAUAUUAUUAAAAAGAAAAGGAAAACAUAUUUUAUUCAAAAUCGACAUUGAUAGUAUGAAUGAUUCCUUUAUUACUGAUAGAAAUGAAAUAAAUCAAAUCAACUUAUUACAUUUAAAUGGAACUCGAUUAAGCACAAUGGAUGGAGAUUUAAUCAAUCAAGAUUUUUCUUUGUUAAGGAACAGGUACAAAAAUGCUCUCUAUUAUUGUAAUAGUAAACAACACGCACCAUUCGUAUUAAAACAAUACUUGGAUGAUCUCAAAAAGUUACCAAAAGAGAAAAAGUCAUUUCUACGAACAAGACACAAACUUAAUCAAUUGAAUGUUGAUACAUUCAUCAAUGAAAUUUGUUUGGAAUAUGGAAAUGAAGAAUUAAUCAAAUGGAAAAUGACAAAGUUUGCUCAAAUCAUUAAAUCUGAUGGGCUUCAAGGUACUAAGGAUUUCGAUUCAUUCGAUAUGAAUAAUUUUAUCAAGCAAAAUGAUUUUCCAAUUGACGAAGUCAAUGCGUAUGAAACUCAUCUAACUAAUCUCUUUUUAAAUGAACAAAAUUUAGAAAUUUUUAAAGAAAUCUCCCGUAUUUUAAUCGAAUCAAAAUUAUCAAUAAAACGCAUUGAAAGAAGUCAAAAUUUCCUAACAUUAUUAUUUAAUUUGUUACAAAGCAAGAAGAUUUUUAAAGAAUUCAAACUAAACGAUUGUACACCUAUUUAUCAUCCGAAAAAUGAGCCCAUAAAUAUGUAUGUAAUUGAACAAUUAAUGUAUCAAUUUCUGCAAUCGAAAGAUAAAAAUCUUGAAUUACUCGCAAGAAUAUUCAAUUGUUUUCGAAAAAUCGUUGAAAAGGAAUCCGAUGAGAUCCUUUACGUAGAUACUAGCGUUUUUGUUCAAAAUGUUAAAGAUCUCUACGAACAAUUAAGAGGCCAAAAACUUGAAGAUAUGAACAAACAACAGGAAGGAAAUUCAGAUGAAAUCAUCGAUUUAUCUCAAAGUAAUUACAACGAAAAGAUUGGUUUUAUUUACUUAAUAUCAGGACAAUUAGAUAAUGCCAAAGAAAUGCAAAUCAAAAAUGGAAAUAAGAUCGUUAUUACCAAGAAUAUGGAAAAUCAAUAUAUGAUUUAUUUUCGUGAUAAUCAAAAUUUUGAAGUUCGACAACAUUUAUUAGAUAAAGAAGCUUUACUUAGAAAAUUGAACGGUUUAAAGUUUGAUACAGAAGUGAUGUUAUCCAAAGAAACUGAUAAAGACAUCUAUAAAAAUAUUUAUGAAGAAAUUGAAUCGAAAAAUGGUUUUACAGAAUAUUCGACUGAACAAAUCGAAUUUUUUAACAACUUAAAAGAAUUUGUUUAUGAAAAAUUAGAUUUAUUGAAAAACAAAUUAGAACCAAAUACUUAUCAAUAUAUUGCUAAUGAAAUUAAUUAUGUAUUCGAUUCAGAAUCGCCAGAUUUAUGGUUAUGUCGAACACAUUUCAUCUUAUAUAAUCUCAAUAUUAUUAUUGAUCUUCAAGCGAAAUUCAAAAACGAAUUAGAAUUACCCACAUCUAUUGAAACACUAAGAUCAGAUUUGAAAGAUUUGCUGACUAAUCCAGUAUUAAAAGAUAUCAUCGAACAUUUAUUAAAUGGUAAGGAGGAUGGUAUUAUAAUUAUUUUCUUCAAACUCUUAUCAAUAUUUGAUCAUUUAUUAAUCAAAAUAACAAAGAAGGAAUCUAAUACUUCAGUUAAAGAUCAAAUCAAACAAAUCGGUGAAAAUUUAUGCAACAAAUUCCAACUAAAAGAUGAUCUAAGAGAUAAGAUUCUAUAUGAGAUUAUUAUGAAAAACAAUCAAAUAUUAAAACGAUAUUAUUUUGACGAAAUCUUAAACAUAUACGAAGAAAAAAGACAACAUAUUUCAUCUUAUAUCGACUCAUCACCUUUAUAUCAGAAUAAAGACAAAUGCAAAGAAAGCUUUCAAACACAUUUCCAAGAUUUAAUUAACAAUGGUUAUUUAACAUUGUUUGAUUACAUCGACGAAAUCUAUGUGACAUCAUCAAAUAAAUUAAAAAUCUCAAUGACAGACACAAUCUAUUCGGAAUUGAUGCAAAUGAUCAAAAUUUUUUUUGAUAAAAUCAAUGCCAACUCGGAGUUUAAGAGCUUCAUUGACGAGACAGUUUUAUUUCGAAAUCGUCUACAAAACUACUGUGUAAUAUUAACAAGUGAACUUAAUAAUAUCCCUGAGAUUGCACCUAUUUUGAAUGAAUUCAAAAUAAACAUGAUGACUUUCGAGAAAUGUUCAAUAAGAAGAAAUGAUCAAGACAGAACUACUCAAGAUCAAAAUGAAAUCAUUCUAAGCAAAAUUAGUGAAAAAGAAUUUCAAAUUGUCUAUCGACGUUUACAAGACAAUAAAAUUGCUCCUUUUAUUUUAAAAAAAGAUCAAGAUGCAGAAUUGUUUCUAUUGAUGAAUGAAACGAUCACAAUCGGUGAUCAAACGAAAUUCGAAAAACUUUAUUCGAUGAUUAAUGCAAAAAAUGGAUCGAUUUAUAAAAACAAUAUUUUCUUCGAUGAAAAAAUCUUCAUUGAAAUUUUCAUCAAUCGCAUUCUGAAACACAAAUCAGAAUUUUCAAUUGAAACUUUAACAACUUAUUUCAAUAGUUUUGAAAUUAUCUUGAAAAAUUCGACUAUUAAUUUUAAUAUUUUACUUUCAUUAGACGAAUUUUUUCAAAAUUUGAUCAAAAAGGAAUCAAAUGAACAAUUUAUUGAACUAUUCAAUCAAUUCAGUUUGUUAAUUGAUAAAGAAUAUGAAAACUUAAUCGGUAAUCUUGAAAAUGAUUUUGCAAAUUUAUCCGUCGGUAUUAAACGCAAGAAUCGUAUUUUAAACAUCACAUUUAAUUAUCUAUCAAAAUGUUUACAAGAGAAAACGAUUGAAACUAUCGAAUUCAAAAAGAAUGAUAUACUCAAUACAACUUUAGAAAUAAAAAACAUUUUACAAAUACACAAACUACAGUUGUCGGAUAUAUUACAAUGCUAUGAUGAAUUGAAUGUCGCAUUGAUUCUUGCACCUUUGAGUUGUCUGAAAAUAUACAAACAACAAUUAGACUUACUCAAUUUAGAAAUUCGAUUAUUUAUCGAAAUAGUCGAUUGUUCACUACAAACUCAUUUUAAUCAGUUUAAUAAUGAAUUAAAACAGACAAAAUCGGUUGAUCAUCAAUUAAUAUUCAAUUUACUAAAGAUUGUUACGGAAAACAGUACGUUGAUUCUAGCAGAAAACUAUCAAUCGAUUAUGAAGAGAAUUCUAUUAAAUUUUGAAAUGACUAAUGACGAAUUUAACUGGCCAAUGUUACAAAAAAUUGAAAAUCAAAUCACAAAAUGCGAAAAAAUCCAAUCAAUUCGAAUGGAUUAUCGAAUGUUCAUAGUUAAAAUAACAAAAUUCAAAUUGAUUUCGAAAUAUAAAGAUGAAUUAACUCGAUAUGAAGAAGAGAAGAAAAAAUUAAAUGAUUUAAUACAAAAAAUAGUCGACUUAUUUUGGUCAAAUAUUUCAAACAGUGAUUUGCUGAACAAAGAACGAGAAAAAACUUAUGUCAUUCUCAAUAUCGAAAAAUUACUAAAACUUUGCAACACUGAUUUCGCCAAUGCAGAAUCAAUCUUAAUAGAUUUACAAACUAAAAUCAGAGGAUUACAAAAAAAUUCUGAUAAAAAACAAUUUACAAAUGAUAUUCAUAUGUAUUUAAAUAAGAAAAUUAAUUCGGAAUUGUACAAAUUUCCAAAUAUCAUUUUACCCAUUAAUCUUGAUGAUAAUAUCAAAAAUAGGAUUACAUAUAUUCUUGGUAAUAAUUACACAUAUGAAGAUAGUACUGCCGUAUUCAAGGAAUUUUCGGUUUUAUUUGAAGAAUCUAUUGAUAAAUUCGAUAAAAAUUCUUCCAAGUACAAUGAAUUCUUUGAAAGUUUUAAUAAAAUAUUUCAAUAUUUCUCUUGGAGAUUAUUAGAGUAUAAUCCAACGUCAAAACAAGAUGUAUUAAACGAAGCGAUUGAAAGAUUUACUGCAUCAAUGCAAAGGUUUAAAGAUAUCAUUAGUAGUGAAAACAUUGAACAACUAAGAGUUGAAUACAAUCAUUUUUAUGAAUUUGAAAAUAUCUUUCAUUUACGUACACAUGAUAAUCAAUUACAACAAGAAUUAAACAUGUUACAGAGUGAUUAUCAAGUAAAACGGGAUAUAAUCGAUCAAAUCAAAGAAGGAUGGUUGAAGAAUAUAAGCAAUUGUUUGUCUGUCGCGAAUCCAUUAAUAACAGAACGUGGGGAAUUAUAUGAUGAUCAAAUUCCUCAAUUAUUUCUGAAGAAUAUAAUCGAUUUACAGAACCUAAAGUCAAAAGAAAACUCUGAAGUUCUAAAUGGUACAACUGAUAAUGCGACUGAAACAGAAGUAACGGAAGAGGGAGAAGAAGAAGAAGUGCAAAUUUCAACGGAACAAAUAAGUAAUGCUAAGAUACCCUUAGAAAUGAAAUUUUCAGUUUUGAAUGAACUAUCAUGUCAAAUGAUAAAUAAAGAAGAACAAUGGAAUGAGAAAAAGGGAUUAAUCGAAAAAUUUGAUUUAAUAAAAGAGAAACUUUUUGAUGAAUAUUUAAAAACCAUGUUCGAACAAAGAACUGAUAGAUCAUUAAUAUUCGACACAUUUAAAAAUUCGAUUCAAAUCAAACAUAUUAAAGAAAUCAUUACUCAAACUGCUGUUGAUGAAUGGAAUCGAGAAAUGUGUGAUCUAUCGGUUGAUUUAUUCCUUGUGAGUUUGCUCAAAUUCUAUAAUUUCGAUUGCGAUAAUUUGAAAAGUAGAUUUAUCUCUAUCGAAAAGUCAGUCAAAGACAAACAAACUAAUGACGACGAUGAUACUUUAACUAUUUGGCAAACAGAAAUCACAGAAAAGAAAAAUGCGAUGGAAAUAAUCAACUAUAUUCUGGCAUAUUCCAAAGAAAACGUUGACUCUUUUAAUUUACAAACAACAUUAUUUGGUUCAAUAAAACAAUUCAUUAACGAUGUAAAUUCUAUUCAAAUACUGAAAUCAUCAAUUGAUACUCUCUAUUUCUUUGUUGGUUAUGAAAAUUUCAUGCGAUUAGCAGCUGUACUGCAAAUGAAAUUAAUCAAUUCAAGUCCCACGAAAUUAAAUCUUGAAAAGUUAGCUGAAAUAAGUUCUCUAUUAUCAAGUACCAAUAAUUUUAAUCGAGCAAUUAAAUUCUUAGAAAACUUUCAUCUGGAAAACUGGCUUUUGUAUUUGAAUUACGACCAGAUAGAAAAUGAUUUAAACAUGAUCUUUAAUCGAUAUUUCGAUCAAAUGAAUUUUAAUGAUUUGAAAAUUGAAAAUUUGAAUCGUGUGGAUGAAUUUAUCGAAUCAGAAUUUUAUCAAACCAAAACCAUGUAUGAUCAAUCAUUCGAGAAUAUAUCUAAGACAUUAAAACUGAUCAAAUUAAAUCAAAAGAUUAACGUAAGUGAUAAAGAAAUGUUCUUUCGAUUUCUAAGAAGUCGAUUUAUUUAUGAAUUAAAAAAAGAUUCAAAUUGUUUGAUUAAUUUUAACGAUUUACAAAAAAUAUUUCUGAAAUAUUUGACCGAUACAACAAUUAUAAGAAAGAUUAUCAAUUCUUUGACAUGGAAAUUAGAUGAUGAAAAUCCAAUAAACGAUCAAUUAAUCAUAGAAGACAUUCAUUCGAAAACGUUCAAUAGUUUAUUGCCUUAUUUAAUACGAUUUUGGAUCAUUAAACAAUUAGAAUUGGAUAAAAAAGCUUUAGAAGAUGAACGAACAAAAAUUAUUCAAUAUUUCGAAAUCAUUAAAACUUUGUAUUCAGAAGAGAAAAUGUUUCAACUAAUCGGUGUCAUACAAGAAAAAUGUAAAGAUAAAAAAAUAAUUUCUCAAAAUGUUAUUGAUUUAUUAAUAAAUAUGUCCAACAAUGAAUGGUUAUUGAACGAGGAUAUUCUCAACAUUCUUCGAACGACAGAAAUCAACGAAUGGGGAAAACGAAUAGAAGAUUAUAUGGAGAAAAAACGAUCGAUAGAAAGAGAUUUUCGUGAAUUGAUCAAUUUAAUGAAAGAAGAUAGAAAUAGUUUGAAUAAAUUAAUUAACGAUUAUUUGAACAGUGAAAAUAUUCUGAGUGAUUUACAAGCAUUGAUUUCCAAACGAAAGGAAAAGAUUGAUUUCAAUAAACCCGUCGAAAAUUGGACUAUAGCUGAUAUUCAAGAAUGGGCGAAAAAAACAAGAGGAAAUCGGUUAUUAUUAUCUAAAGAAGCAGUUCAAAAUACUAUUGUCGUCGUUAGUCAAGGAAUCAAUUUAUUCAGAAAAUAUUAUCCAAGAGAUACUCAAAUACUUGCAUUGUGGUUAUUCUUAAAUCCUGAUUUAAAUAAUACAAGUAUGGGAUGUUUAGCACAAAUUUCCACUGGUGAAGGUAAAUCAAUAAUAGUUGCAGCAUUAGCUGCAAUUAAAGCAUUAGGUUGUCAUCGAAUUGAUGUUAUGACAAGUUCAAAUGUGUUAGCUAUUCGAGAUGCAAAGGAAUUUCAAUCGUUCUUCGAAAUGUUUGGAUUACAAGUUUCGAAUAAUUGUGAUAUGUUUUGUGAACAAGGUGAUGGAAAACAAUCAGCAGAAGAAAUUCGAAAAUUAAGAUAUUAUAAUUCGAGUGGACCUGUUGAUAUCAUUUAUGGUGAAUGUUCAUGUUUUGAGCGAGAUAUUUUAUUGACAGAAUUCAAUAAAAAUGAUCGUAAUCAAAAUAUUAUUGGUCAACGACUAUCGAAGAACAGUGUAUCAAGUGUUAUCAUUGAUGAAGUUGAUAGUAUGUUAUUAGAUAAAGCAAAUAUGGUACUGUAUUUAUCACAUAAUACUGACACAUUAAAAUCAUUAGAAAGAAUAUUUAUUUCAAUUUGGCAAACGAUUAAUCAACCAACACUGGAUGCUGUACGUGAUCAUAUGAUUGAUGAUGACUUAAUUGAAUCUGUUACUGAUAUUAUACUUGAUCAAAUUGAUCAGAAAGCUAUCGAAAUACCUGAAUAUGAUUCACGUAAUUGUGAUUAUAUUAACAUGCGAUUAUUUACUGAAAGACGAAUGCCAGUUUGGAUUCGAAGUGCAUUUCAUGUUCGAGACAUGAUUCCCAAUGAUACAUAUAUUAUUUCAAGAGAUAAAUCUGAUAAAUCAUCGAAAUCUGAAGUUCAAAUAACUGUCAUGGAUAAAGAUACAGGUACAGAACAAUUAUCAACACGAUGGAGUAACGGCGUGCAUCAAUUUUUACAACUAAAACAUAUGAGAAGAUUUACACCGGAAUCAUUGAAAGCUGGUUUUAUAUCAAAUAUGUCAUUCUUUAAACGUUAUCAAAAUCAUAUUGUUGGUUUGACUGGUUCUUUAGGUUCAAUCGAUGAACAAUUUCUAUUAAAUAAAGUAUAUCAACUUCGAUUUUUUGAAUUACCAAGAUUUAAACAAGAAUUAUUUCGAGAAUUAAAAGGUACAAUGACAACAUCUCAAGAUACUUGGCUUGAAAGUAUUAAAAAUGCAUUAGAUAGAGAAAUUAAAUCGAAAUUAGGAAGUAAAGAUAGACGACGAGCUGUUUUAAUUAUUUGUGAAAAUGUGAAAAAUGUUUUAGUUUUAAAAGAAUAUCUAGCAAGUUCAUACCCAAAUGCUAAAGAUUAUAAAAGUGCUUAUGAAGACUUUAAAAUUGAUCAAUUAAAUCCUGGUGAUAUUAUUAUAGCAACAAAUCUAGCUGGUCGAGGUACUGAUUUAGAAACAUCGGAUAAAUUAGAAGAAAAUGGUGGUUUACAUGUUAUAACAACUUAUUUGCCCUCAAAUAUACGUAUUGAAAUGCAAGCAUUUGGUCGAACAGCACGAAAAGGUAAUAAAGGUACUGGUGAAUAUAUUAUUAUUAGUCAGUAUGGUCUUUCGAUUGAAACAUUAAAACAACUAAGAAAUUGUCAAGAAAAAGAACGAUUAGAUUCUUUUCUUAUUAAUGAUUUACCUAAAAUUCAGAUUGAAGAAGAUUUAUUACAAGGAUUUACUGAUGAUAAUCAGUUAUCUUGUAUUGGUUUUACAAAAUUAUAUCAAAAUAUCGAAAAGAAACUAUCAAGUGAUCGCAGUGUUCAAUAUCAUGGUUAUCAAUACAAACAAUUUCAAUUGAAUAGUUUAAAAAAUCGAUGGGCAUUUUGGUUAGAUUCUAUGACUGAAUCUAUUAAUAUGAUUAAUGUCAUUGGUAAAAAAACAAUCAUUGAGAAAUUCAAUGAAUUUCAAUCGGCUAUUGAAAAAGAUGUCGAAGCAAAUACUUUUGAAAAACUAAUUAUAGAACCAUGUGAAUUAAUCAAACUAGGUAAAUAUUAUCGAGAUUGUGGAAAUUGGUGGAAGGCAUUGAUAUGUUAUCAACAAGCUGGUUUGGAUCGAUUUUAUGCAUCGGCUAAUUAUUAUACAAGCUCCUGUCGUCAAAAUAUCAAUUAUGUCAAUGGUAUUAACAGUAAACGUGAAUUUAAACAUAGUUUAAUUCUUGUUAAACAGUCGAUUGAAAAAGAAAUGCAGUUUUUAAACAAUGCUGCACAAGUUGCAUUUGAAAUUGGUGAAAAAAAUCGUAAAUUAGGUUUGGCUAAUUAUGGAAAUGAAUAUGAUAAACAAGUGAAAGAAAAAUCAACUAUUUGGAAUAUUUUUUCUGAUACAGUUAUUAAUGCUCUUGGUACAUCAAUCGAUCCGAAAGAUUUGACAGCAAAUAAAUAUCUAUCGGAUGAGAAACAAGCGGAAAAAUUAUUUGAUAGUUUGAAAAAGAACAAGGAUAAGUACAUAAAAUCGUCACGAAUAACGAAAAAAACAAUAAAUUCACUUGAAUUACCAUCGAUAUUCAAUAAUAAGAAGACCAAUGAUUCUCUAAUAAAUUAUUUACGCAAAAAAUCAGAAAUAAGAUGUAGCAAUGAUUUGGAUGAAUUAAAUGAAGAAAUAUUCAAAAAAGAUUUGAAAAAAUCGAAAAUAUUUUUACCAGAUCUAAACAGUUUUAUCGAUUUAAUUGAAAAAGAAAAUGGUUUCAUCGAACAAAUUGAAAAUAAAGAAGAAGACGAAUUAUUUUUAUUUCAAAGUUUUAAUGAGGAAAAUUUGAAUAAAGAAAAAUUUCCUCAUGAAAUAUUAAAUAUCAAAAAAAGUUUAUUUGAUUGGUUAAAAGAAAUUUCAGAAGAAAAAGGAAUGACAGGUACAAAAAAUGAUAUUUUAAUUAAACUCAAUAAUUUUUUAAUAUCAAAAAAUCAACAAAAUGUAACAGAAGAUCAAUGGACAAAAAUUUAUGGAUUUUUAAUUAAACACUCAUGUUUACAAAAAUUAAAACAAUAUUUAGUCAAAAAAGACAAAAUAAUGAAGCCUAUAGAUGGUGAUUAUAAAUAUUUUAAUUUGUACAAUUUUGAACAUCAUUAUACAGAUGAAUUUGAAAAAUUUGAUUCAGUACUUCGACAAAAUUUCUUGAAAAUUUUUGUUAUUCAAGAAGAUCCUGAAGAUGGUGAAUCUUAUAUUACAUUAAAAGAAACUAUAAAUACGAGUGAUUUCAAUUUAUGUAAAACAAAAGAAGAAGCAAUAAAUUACCUAUGGAGUUAUUUACGAAGUACUCCGUUAAUCAAACCACCGCGAAUUAAUAUACCCCUAGAAAGCUUAAAAGAAGUUAAUAGGAAAAGAAAAGGUAUCGAAAAAGAAAUCAAACUAUUUCUUGAGCGUGAAAUACCCAAAGACAAGAAAAACGAAUUAGAAGAAGCUAUUAAAGCCGUUUUUAAUAUAAUUGAUCAAACAAUUGGGGAUUUAAAGAAAAUGCCUGACGAUAAAACAAUCACAAGUUAUCUUCAAAUCAAAACGAGUUGUUUUCUUGAUAAUAAAAAACGUAUACCCGAAGCACUCGACGAAUUCAUUGACUUAGCAUUCGAUGUUAUAUUUCAGUUGCAAGAGAAGAAAGAUCCACCACAAUGGUAUGAAAUUGCUGCUGUUAUUGCAUUAGGUCUUCUCCAAAUUGCAGCUGGUGUGCUAGCGACAGCAUUUAUACCUUUUGCCGGACAAUUGAUUGGUGAAUUUUUAAUUAGUACGGGAUGUGAUGAUAUUCUCUUUGGUAUAAGCUGCGCCAUGUCUGGUGAAUUUAGCUGGGAAAAAUAUUGGGAACAUAAAAAACAAAGUAUGAAAACAAGUGCAAUAAGUGCUGUUGUUUUUGUGUCAGUAUCGUUUGUGAAAAAUGCGAGACGAUUACAAAGUUGCAAGAAAGCAUGGGCUUUUCAAAAAUUAAAAGGUGCACAAAAAUUACGUACUGCUGCGGCUGCAUUAAAUACAACAGCAAAUGUUAGUAAGUAUGUUGGAAAAGAAAUAGCAAAAACAUUAGUUAAAACUGGUUUAGCUGAAUUAGCAUCGAUGGGUAUUAACAAAGUGCUGGAUACAUUAUCGAAUACUUAUGAAAGUGAAUUACACGGUAAAAUUACGGAUUCGCUCAAAAGCAAAUGGAAUAUAAUUGAAACUGAAAUGUUAGAACUUUUUCGUGUAACCGAAGGAAAAAAUUCAAUGAAAAUUAUUGACGAUUGUAUCAAUCGAAAACUCCAAAACUUAUCUGAAGAUGGUGCUUUUAAAAAUUUUACACGUCGAUGCGGUCCUGUCAUUCAAGGUUUAGGAAAAGCAUUAGCUGAUGUUAAUGGUACGAAAGGCAAAAUCAUAAAUGCGCUUAUGUCAUAUGCUCCAACAUUAAUUGGUUUAGGUAUCAGUGUUAAUGACAUCAUUUGUAUGAUAAGUAGUUUUAUCCAGAGCCUAACAGCAGAUUUGAAAGAUGCGAGAAAAAGCUUGAAAAAAACAAAUCAAGAAUAUCAACUAACAGAAGAAAACGAAACUGAUUUCAAAAAAUAUAAGAAGGAAAAAUUUGAUCAAAUAUCCAGUUGUUUAAGUGAAAACUUUAAUCAAAAACUUAAAAGUGGAAUUCUUGCUCCAGUACUGAACUUCGCUUCGAAUAUGAUGAUUAGUCGAGGUAUUGAAUAUGUUGCUGGUACAGAUCGUGUCGAACAAUUAGCAAAUACAUUUGAAUUAAUUCAUGCAGCUUCAAAUUCAUCAGAUACGAAACCGCGAUAUACAGAGAAUUUAGCUAUUUAUCUAGCUGAAGCAAGACAUAUUGAUAUAACUCUAUUAAAUAUUGAUCCCAAAAACAUUUAUCCAGAAAAUGGCGAUGGGGAAAAUCUAGAAAAACUGAUCGACACAAAUGGUAAUGCAUUGAAAGUAUUUUAUGGGAAAGAUGGUAAAUUUUAUGUACAAAUACCAUCGCCAAAAAAAUAUUGUGAAGGUGUUCUAGAUGAUAAACCAGCAGGUAUAUAUGAACAGAAAACGAUCGAUGUCGUAUUAGAAUGUGAAGUAAUAAAAGGUAAGGUUAUAAAUGGUGAACAACAAUGUACUUUAAAACGAAGAGGUGGUUCAGAUGUUAAAUUUGUUAUUAAAGAUAAUGGUAAUGGUAAGAAACAUGCAGAAUUACUAAUCGAUGGCAAAUCAAUUAGUAUUGAUACAAAUCGUCAAAAUAAAAACGAUUGCUAUUACGUUGUUGUAUUAGUUGCUAAUGAAGUAUCACAAGGUAAAUCAUUUGAAGAAGCAAGAAAUAUUCUCGACGAUAGAAAUGCUGUUCUGAAUCUACGAAAAAAUGUUUCCUCGGUAAUGAAAAAUGAUCCAGAAUUUUUGAAAAAAUUUGAAUGGGCAAAUCGAACUGAUAGACAAGUUCAUUAUAACAGUUUAGUUGGUUCAUAUACAGAUAGCGAUGGUACUAAUUAG